ACCGCCUUCAAGAAACUUAUCGGUAGCAGAGGAUUUUCUUUUUUGAGAAUUUUUAGCAAAAAGCAUUAUGUAACUCCUGUUACAGUAAAUACCAAUUAUUAUUUUGCCAUUGCCUUCUUUCUCUUGUCCUCCUCUCCGCUUCGCCGCUUUCUCUUCAGUUCUCCGCUUCUGUGUCCUUGUUUUUCUUCCUUCCCGUUCCCGCUCGAUCGUGCCGCCUGCCGUCGUCGACGCCGGCGGUGUUCUUGAGACUCAAGAUGGAGAAAGAAAGUCUUCCAACUGAUCUUCCACCGACACCACCAGUAAUCCCUCCUGAUGUGGUUCCAAUAAAAGCUGAUCCUCGUCAUGUACGAGUUCCGAUGGCCAGGAAGGGAACCGGGAGUAUUGGCCACCGUAUCUCCUUGUCGGCCAACCAUUUUGCUGUCAUGCGUCCUACCAACAUGGAUGCUUGUUUUUUCCAUUACAGUGUAAGAACUUUUUUUGCUUCAUUAGUCUACCAUGAAAGUGCUUCAUUAUGUCUUGUUUGCUAUGAUGCUUCUGUGACUUCAGAGGACUCCAGGGCUGCUGAGAGCAAGGGUAUUGGAAGGAAAAUUAUGGACAAAGUGCAACAAACAUAUAGUUCUGAACUUAGUCAGAAAGUUUUUGCAUAUGAUGGUGCGAAAAGCCUGUUUACUUAUGGAGAGCUGCCUAAAAAGACACUGAACUUCACUGUCAUAUUGGAAAGUUCAUAUGGCCGAGGUGGUGGAGAUGGCAACGGGCAUGGAAGCCCCAGUGAGGGUGAAAGAAAGCGAAUGAAGCGUGGUGGACGAUCUCGUAAAUUUGAUGUUGAGAUUUGCUAUGCUGCCAAGAUACCUCUCCGCCAAAUUGAAGCAGCUAUGAGAGGAGAGGAGUCUGGACAGGGGGCCCUUCGUGUUCUGGACAUCAUUCUGCGACAGCACGCAGCUAAAAAGGGCUGCCUGCUUGUCGGCCAGUCAUCUUUCCAUGAUGAUUCAAGGAACUUUGUGGGUAUUGGUGGAGGAGUUGUAGGUUGUAGGGGUUUCCAUUCAUCUUUUAGGCCUGCACAGGGUGGAUUGUCUCUGAAUAUAGAUGUGACGACUACAAUGAUACUGAAGCCUGGUCCUGUGAUGAACUUCCUUCUUGAAAAUCAAAACGUUAGAGAUCCUUUUAGAAUUGACUGGCAGAAGGCAAGACGGAUGCUGAAGAACCUUAGGAUCAGGACGACUCACAAUUCUAUGGAAUUCAAGAUAUCUGGUCUCAGCGAGCAUCCUUGCAACCAACAGUACUUUUCAUUGCGCGUGAAAAAUGACGGUAAUCCUGAUGCUCAGGAGACUAGAGAAAUCACUGUUUAUGAAUAUUUUCGAAAAGAGAAAGGCGUGGAACUGAAAGAUUCAGCGCCCCUUCCAUGCAUUGAUGUUGGCAGGCCUAAUCAUCCAAACUAUAUUCCAAUUGAGCUUUGUUCACUUCUGUCUCUGCAAAGGUAUACAAAGUCUCUCUCCUCUCAACAGAGGGCUUCCUUGGUUGAGAAAUCAAGACAGAAGCCUCAGGAGCGUAUGAGGACAUUAACAGAUGCUAUGCGAUCAAACAGAUAUCAUGAGGAUCCUAUUCUAUCUGCCUGUGGCAUUAAUUUCAGUGAUCAAUUUGUACGGCUGGAAGGCAGAAUUUUGCCUUCUCCAACGCUUGUAUUUGGAAAAGGGGAGUCUUUUGCACCCCGAAAUGGCUGGUGGAAUUUCAAUCAAAAGCAAAUGCUUGAACCAAGCCACAUUCAGCGAUGGGCGAUUGUUAAUUUUUCUGCAAGAUGUGAUAUUGAGCUUCUUGCUAGGAAGCUUGCUAAUACUGGCUAUAAUAAGGGAAUUCACAUCGCAGCACCCUGUGCGACAUUUGAAGAAUCCCCCCAGUUUCGGAAUGCCUCACCUGCUGUCAGAGUUGAUAAAAUGUUUGAUCAUUACAAUUCUUGUUUGCUAGAAGAUUUAGAGUUUAUUCUUUGUGUUUUAUCUGAGAAGAAAAAUUCAUAUGUCUAUGGGCCAUGGAAGAAGAAAACUCUUUCUGACUUAGGCAUUGUGACACAAUGCAUAGCACCUUCACAUAAGAUCAAUGACCAGCAGUAUUUAACCAAUGUAUUGCUGAAAAUCAACUCGAAGCUUGGUGGAAUUAAUUCCUUGCUAUCCUUUGAGAAGACACCAAGUAUUCCAAUUAUAUCCACAUCCCCAACAAUAAUCCUUGGGUUGGAUGUGUCUCAUGGAUCACCGGGUCAUUCUGACAUGCCUUCCAUUGCAGCUGUUGUUAGCUCUCGUGAGUGGCCUCUAAUUUCUCGAUAUAGAGCAGCUGUGAGGACGCAGUCACCUAAGGUUGAAAUGAUCGAUUCUCUGUUCAAGCCGUCUGUCCAUGAGGAUAAGAAAACUGAUCUUGGAAUUAUCAAUGAACUAUUGAUAGAUUUUUACCAGAGCUGUGGACGAAAACCAGAAAAGAUUAUCAUUUUCAGGGAUGGCGUCAGUGAGUCUCAAUUCAAUCAAGUUCUUAAUAUUGAAUUGAAGCAGAUUACCGAGGCUUGUGACUUCAUCGAGUCAGGAUAUCAGCCUAAGAUCACUCUCAUUGUUGCCCAGAUGAAUCAUCACACAAAGCUUUUUCAGGAUAGUCCAGAAAAUGUGCCACCUGGUACUGUUGUGGACACAAAGAUUUGCCAUCCUCUGAAUUUUGACUUCUACAUGUGUGCUCAUGCAGGAAUGAUUGGUACCACUCGGCCAACCCACUAUCACAUAUUGGUGGACGAGAUUGGGUUUUCUGCUGAUGAUCUGCAAAUGCUUGUUCACUCCCUCUCCUAUGUGUACCAACGAAGCACAACUGCCAUAUCUAUUGUUGCACCUAUAAGCUAUGCGCAUUUGGCAGCAGCUCAGAUGUCUCAGUUCAUAAAGGGAGAAUAUGAUUCUUCUGAUACUUCAAGCAGCCAUGGUGUUAUUACCAUACCUGGGAAUUUGCAAAUUCCUGCAAUGCCAAAGUUGCACAAAAAAGUUUGCACCAAAAUGUUCUUCUGUUGAGGGCUGUUUUUGUUUUCUCAUACUGUGAAUAGUUCGUUUGGAAGUGUCUCCAAGUUUUUGGUAGUUUCCACUUGCACCUGGAAACAUGUGAUCGGCCUCCUCUGGAGUCUUCUUUGAAUUUAUUUGAUCUUUUGUACAGGAAGAUGGCAGUUCCUUCCAACUUUUUAGAUACUUACUCUGAGGUCGGCUUUCAGCACUGAUCAAGUGUAGUUACAUAACUCAUACCUUUCUAGGCCAUUUGUCUAAGAUCAAGUGUAGCGUAUAUACUCUAAAUCUUUGUUGAAUGAAAUCACCCGAACUA